GAACCAGCUUGAAUAGGAUUCCCUGAACCAGCUCUCAUGUCCGUAGGUCUGUGUGUUCCAAGUAUACAGUUGUGUUGCACAUGGAGACGGGUUGUACAGUUGAUUGUUGUCACUCCCAGCACUGCUUUAUUCCUGCGUGUGAUACGAGAUAUAUUCACUACUUUAAUGUGUCAGUACUUGACUGUAUUCUGGGGCAACCGUCUUGUGUCAUGAAAGAGCCUUGAACAAUUUCACAACACCAAUGAGUCCGAAUAACUUGACCAAAUAAUUAUUCUUCAUGUUGUGUCAUGAAUCAGCUGAUGGGAGAUAUUCAACUCAUUAGAUGGUUACAGCAGGGAUUUAAGUGUCUUUUUCUGUCAUCAGCACAUGGAAGAUUUGUUACAGAAAGGCAUGUCUUGCACAAUAUUUCAAACAAUUAGCAAUCUGUGAUAGCAGCAGUCACAGAGACUGUGAAUUAUGCAGUUACUUCUCACACAUUUCAGUAUGCAAACUGGCUAUUUCAAGGCCGAUAUUCCAAAGGUGGUAAAGUCACGCAAAAUGCUUAGGUUUGUUUCUUAGCGGGUAAUUUUGGCAACAGUGUGAUGUCAUGGCCAAUAGAUGGCUAAUAUCUUUAUUACGACUUGUGAUUAUUGGAGCCAUAAUGAAAUUGAUAACAAGCCGAUGGACGAGUUGUGAUGUAUGUGUGGUGGUUAUCUGAUUGUUCGACCAGCUUGUCAGGGUGACAGCAUGUCGUGUGAUAUCUCCAUCUCAUGUCGGGAAAUGUACUCCAAACUGCUCGGACAGGACAGCAUGGACUUCUGCUUCGACUGGGAGAACGCCGCACCCAUACAGUUCGAAGAAGGUGAACCAGAUUCUGACUGUGGAACAGGGGACAGCUCAGGUCAACAGUUCUCAGAUUCACAAGACCUCAAUGCCCAGUCUCUUGGUGCUGUCCAGUCCCUGGUUUCCCCGAACUCGGCGGGCGCCAUCAGUCAGUUCUGUGCCAUCUGUGGAGAUCGGGCGACAGGUAAACACUAUGGUGCUGCCAGCUGCGACGGCUGCAAGGGCUUCUUCCGCCGCAGCGUCCGCAAGAACCACGUCUACAGCUGCAGGUUCAGCCGCAACUGCAUCGUGGACAAGGACAAGCGCAACCAGUGUCGCUAUUGUCGACUCAAGAAGUGCUUCCGAGCUGGGAUGAAGAAAGAAGCUGUACAGAACGAGCGAGAUCGGAUCAGUGUGCGGCGAACGAGUUACGACGACAUCGCCAACUCGGGAGCCCUCUCCGUCAGCACACUGCUGAAUGCUGAGAUCUUGUCCAGACAGAUUACCUCCCCAAUAAAUGCCGACUUAUCGACCAAAAAGUUGGCGAAUGUGAGCGAUGUGUGCGAGUCGAUGAAGCAGCAGCUCCUCAUCCUGGUGGAGUGGGCCAAGUACAUCCCCUGCUUCUGUGAGCUGCCACUGGACGAUCAGGUGGCGUUGUUACGUGCUCACGCCGGGGAGCAUUUAGUACUGGGGGUGGCAAGACGAUCCAUGAGUCUUAAAGAUAUUCUGUUGCUUGGCAACGACUCCAUCAUUCCGCGGAAUACAACUGAUAUUGACAUUGUACGAGUCACAUGUCGAAUUCUGGAUGAGCUUGUCAAGCCUUUGAAGGAUGUCCAGAUUGAUGAUUCCGAGUUUGCUUGUCUCAAAGCUAUUGUUUUCUUCGACCCAGAUGCCAAGGGACUUACGGACCAGCAGAAGAUUAAAGCCUUCCGCUAUCAGGUGCAGGUGAACCUGGAGGACUACAUCAACGACCGCCAGUACGACUCCAGAGGGCGCUUCGGGGAGAUCCUGCUGCUCCUUCCUGCACUGCAGAGCAUCACGUGGCAGAUGAUCGAACAGAUCCAGUUUGCCAAGCUGUUUGGCAUGGCCAAGAUAGACAACCUGCUGCAGGAGAUGCUGCUCGGAGGUGCCAACACAGGGGACUCCUCCUCCUCAUCUGCCCAAGCUGCUGAAGCCAGCAUUUCCCCACCGCUGAUCGAACCCACGGUCUACCCCGAUGCCCUUGGUGUCGUGCCGCCACCUGGUGGUGAGCAGAUCAACCUGACACAUACCCUGGAACCAGACCACCUGACGGCCUCCCACCCUGGAAGCACCAGUCCCAUGGCCCCGGGCUUGGAGCACCACUACCUGAGCGGGGGGUCAGACCAGGCCCCCUCCCCCCAGCGGGGUCUCGGGAUGACGGAACCCCUCCCCCUCACUGUCAACCACACAAUGGAACACAUUCCUAACGGCCAUGGCCCCGAGACACCUGUUCCAUCGCCUCCUGUAACAAGCAUGCAGGACUCGUACAAAAUGUCGGCCAGUGUCGCUGCCCAUUUCAAACAGGAAGUGUCUUGAAGCUCUUGGAUGGCUUUUUCCAGAAAGGGCUUCCUAAGCAAGACUUUCAGUGACCUCUUCCUUUUAAGAGGAAUGGACAUGGUACUGAUUUGUAUAUAAUUCACAUGUACUUGAAUAACUGGUAUAGUGUGAAAUGAACAUUCAGCAAGAACCCAUAUGAAAGAUGAAAUAUAUUUUUACAGUGGACAAAUGAAUGGACAGACGUAGGUCUGAAAGCAUUGAAUGUGAAGAUUCAUUGAGUUUCAUGGAUAGGUUUCAUGCUGGUUACAACGUGUGAAGAAGUACAUGUGUGGAUGCAGCGGAGGAUGGAGUUGUGUUAGGUCCCAGACAGAACAUCUCUGGCAGAGCUCAGGACACCAGUGUGUUGAUUACAAGGCAUAAUGAAACCCUUUAAGCAGGGUUCGAAAUAUCCUGCCCACGUAACGAGUCACUCUUACACAGUACCCCAGAUCACUAGCCAGUUAUAUAGUACCCUCCUAAUGUACAUCACCACCAAUACUGAAGCAUUGUCUGGAUACUUAAUAGUCAUGAGAAUGUGGCCACAUCAAGGCUUGAAAUUAAUAUGGUAAUUAUAUUAUUAAUUAUAUUAAAUAAAUUGGAAAUGUCUAUCUUUAGACUGGCUAGGAGACUGACUACUGAUAUCGGUGCAGGUGCCCCAGACAGGCAGCUAUUUCCUACCCUGUUUCGCCAGCUGUAGUAAUACGCUUCGGUUCACACACUAUGUUACUUCUGUUUACUGUUGUAUAAAAGGACCUUUGUGCAGUGUUUAAUUGCCAGAAUAGGCAGUCAAAGUUAAGCUUAUAUUGUUGAUCUGCCUUGGCAGUGUUAUGAAAGGAUAUAUGCAUUUUGCUUUUAUGAAAAGCAUCAAAGUAUGUUAUGGAUAUAUAUUUUAUGCACAUAUUUUUGUAGUGACGUUGAUGGUACCGAGGCUGACUUAUCACAUCCAGUGUGCGCAUGUAUAGUAGUGGGUGCUGCAUCCUCCGUGUGUCUUCAACCUCCGGGGACCGUGCCUUUACUGCUACGUACCACAUGCACCAGAAUGCCACCGAGAUGCUGCAUCUGUUACUAUGGACAAAUAGUGUGUUUGAACAGCCCACAUCAUAAUUUUAUGUCUGUACAACACCAAUAGACUUGACUAACUAGUAUUUAGUAUACAAGUUAUUGUAAGAACAUGACUAACUAGUAUUUAGUAUACAAGUUAUUGUUAAUGACAGACUUAGAUUCGUCUACUCUACAUUAAACAGUUUGAAGGAAAAUGUAGAAGAAUAAUCAAGUGCUUCUUCGUAGAUGUUAAAACCCUGGUCGCACUGAUUACACAGGGAAGACAGUUAAACCGAUGUCACAACGACCAUGGCCACCAGUGAAGGGGGAUAACUCUCUUUGACCCAGGGUCAGUUCCCUUAUGGACACAAUGUGUGAAGCCCGAUUGUCCCCCCUUGCUGUACGAUUGCUGGAACAGGUGUAACACCUCACUCACACUUCCCCGUCGUACUUGUGACCUCUUGACACUUGACCUGCGGCAGUGUGAAGGUGCUAUGGUUGCUGAUAUGUUCCAAUUAAAUUGUGAUGCCAGCUGUUACAUAGGCCAUUGAUGUCAGAGGCAAUAUAAAUGUUAUGACGCCAGCCGUAUUAAACAAUGUAUUAUUUACUGGUGAUAUAUAUAUAUAUAUUAUAUCUGGACAUUGGUGGUCAGUGCCUCUCUAAACAAUAUGACAACCAGUGUCCAGCACUGUGGUACAUCAUAUAUCAGCUGUAUGUA